AUGAAUCCAUCAACAACAAAUUUUUCUUCGUAUCUUCUUCCAUCCGUUUUUAAUCCACGUUAUCAUCAACAUUUAAAUCAUUUGAAUGAUAUGGCAUUUACACAUACAAAAAUGUUACAAGAACUUAUUGAAAAACGUUCAAUUGAUUCAUCAUCAACACCAUCAUCACCAUCAUCAUCAUCAAUAUCACCAAUGGCAGCAACAUCAAAUGAUUCAAUUCAACAAAAAAAACAUUCACAUUCAUAUCUUGAUAAUAAUAAUAAUGAAGAACAACAACAACAGGAACAGCAAAAACUUUUAAUUAAACGAUCAAAAAUUAAUGAUGACGAUGAGGAAGAUGAAGACGAUGAUAAUCAUCUUAAUAAACGUUCAAGAAAACAAUUAAAACCACAACAACUUCUUACAGAAAAUCAUCCAAUAGAGGAUGAUGAACAGUCAUCAUCUGAAGAAGAAAUUGGAGAAGUUCAUAGUCAAGAUGAAAAACAAAAUAUAUUUUCAAUUCCGCAAUCACCAAUAUUACCAUUUUCGCCACAGAGUUUACCAUUUUUAAAUUAUAUUCAAGAUUUAGCACGAACGAAUAAUAUAACAUCUCCUAUAUCCAUGACAAGAUUUCUUGAAAAUCUGCAAAAGGAUUUUUUUUCAUCUAUAAAUAAUGCUGGUAUUGAAACAAAACGUAUUAAUCAAAAUUUACCACCAGUUUUUUCUCAAACAGUUCAUCAUCAUCAUCAUCCAUAUAUUUCUCAAAUUCUUUUUAAUAAUUCAUUUAUUAAUCAUUAUACACCUCCACCACCACCACCAUCAAUGAUUCCUUUUGGUAAUACACUAUCAGAUCGUACAUUUCCUUUUCGUUUAUCAACACCGAAAAAACGUCGUACUAAAGUAACUGAUACACGUUUAUCACCACGUAUAACAUCAAAAAUAAUUUCUCAUGAAGAUUUAAUUGAAGAUGAUAAAAGUUUAUCGAAUCAUUCAUAUGAAUCAACAACAUCAAAUCAUCAUCAGCAACAGUCAACACUUGAAUACAAUGCUUUUCAAAUAAGUGUCUUUUUUUUUUUUAAUGACCUUUUUUCUACAAAAUUAAUGUUUUUCUAUACACGUUAUCCAAGUUCAUCAGUAUUAAAAGUUUAUUUUCCUGACGUACGUUUUAAUAAAUUAAUAACAGCACAAUUAGUUAAGUGGUUUUCAAAUUUUCGUGAAUUUUUUUAUAUUCAAAUUGAAAAAUAUGCUCGACAAUAUUUAGCUGAAGGUAUUCGAAAUACUGAAGAUUUAGUUAUAACAACUGAUUCUGAUUUAUAUCGUGUUCUUAAUCUUCAUUAUAAUCGAUCAAAUCAAAUUGAUGUUCCAACAAGUUUUUGUGAUGUUGUACAAUCAACAUUGCGAGAAUUUUUUCAUGCUAUACAACAACAAAAAGAUCUUGAACCAUCAUGGAAAAAAAGUAUCUAUAAAAUUAUUCAACGUUUAGAUGAUCAAAUACCGGAUUUUUUUAAAGAUGAACAUUGGAUGCAUUCCAUUUGA